AAGCUCAGACCAGUCGGAGGGAGUGACACAUCCUAUUCCAUCCGCUCCCUCCCCCUCGCCCAUCCUCACCUUACUUUCAGGUGCUCACUGGGCAGUUAGGCAGAAGUGAUCCCUGUGACUCUGCCAAAUACAAGCCUGUGGGUCUGUAGGGAAAAAACCCCAGGCAAAAUCACAGCACUGAAAUUGUCACCUUGAAGGAGCAGAGUAGAAAAGUGUGAAAAAUGAAUGGACCUGUGGAUGGCUUGUGUGACCAUUCUCUAAGUGAAGAAGGAGCCUUCAUGUUCACAUCAGAAUCUGUAGGAGAGGGACAUCCGGAUAAGAUCUGUGACCAGAUCAGUGAUGCAGUGCUGGAUGCCCACCUCAAGCAAGAUCCCAAUGCCAAGGUGGCCUGUGAGACAGUGUGCAAGACAGGCAUGGUGCUGCUGUGUGGGGAGAUUACCUCGAUGGCCAUGGUGGACUACCAGCGGGUGGUGAGGGACACCAUCAAGCACAUUGGCUACGACGACUCUGCCAAGGGCUUUGACUUCAAGACCUGCAAUGUGCUGGUGGCUCUGGAGCAACAGUCCCCAGAUAUUGCCCAAUGUGUCCAUCUAGACAGAAAUGAAGAGGAUGUUGGUGCAGGAGAUCAGGGUUUGAUGUUUGGCUAUGCCACUGACGAGACAGAAGAAUGCAUGCCUCUCACCAUUAUCCUCGCUCACAAGCUCAAUGCCCGUAUGGCAGAUCUGAGGCGCUCCGGUGUCCUCCCUUGGCUAAGGCCAGACUCCAAGACUCAGGUGACAGUUCAAUACAUGCAGGACAAUGGUGCAGUCAUCCCUGUGCGCAUCCACACCAUCGUAAUCUCUGUGCAGCACAACGAAGACAUCACGUUGGAUGACAUGCGCAGGGCACUGAAGGAGCAGGUGAUCAGGGCCGUGGUGCCGGCCAAGUACCUGGAUGAAGACACCAUUUACCACCUGCAGCCCAGUGGCCGGUUUGUCAUCGGAGGUCCCCAGGGGGAUGCAGGUGUCACUGGUCGCAAGAUUAUUGUGGAUACCUAUGGCGGCUGGGGGGCUCAUGGUGGUGGGGCCUUCUCUGGAAAGGACUACACCAAGGUGGACCGCUCAGCAGCUUAUGCCGCCCGUUGGGUGGCCAAGUCCCUGGUGAAAGCAGGGCUCUGCCGGAGAGUGCUUGUCCAGGUGUCCUAUGCCAUUGGUGUGGCGGAGCCACUGUCCAUUUCCCUCUUCACCUAUGGAACCUCACAGAAGACAGAGAGAGAGCUGCUUGAUGUGGUGAAUAAGAACUUCGACCUUCGACCGGGUGUCAUUGUCAGGGAUUUGGAUUUGAAGAAGCCAAUCUACCAGAAGACAGCAUGCUAUGGCCAUUUUGGAAGGAGCGAGUUCCCCUGGGAGAUUCCCAAGAAGCUUGUGUUUUAGAGCUGGUGGGAGUUGGGCCUGGCCUUACCCUGGAUGCUGCUCUUCUGCAGGAUUACAACUCUUAAAUUUCCCAGACCCUUCUGGGGCAUGCCUUCCUAACCACCACCCCUCAGGGCAGAGUCAGCUCCCUUUGAUUUUGGUCCAUCCUGUUAUCACCAUGAAUGGCAGGGGGCAGAUGGCUUCCUGGUGCUGGAGGUCAGGUCUCCUUGUGAGGAUAGUCUCAAUGUUCCCUGCCUGUCCCUCAGACAAGGGCAAUGUUGAUUUAGUUUGAAGAUCCUUCCUGUCAGGAGUAAAGUCCCUCACAAACCUCUUACCAGAACCUAGACCCUGACCAGCUCCUCCACCCUGGGUGUGUGCCCAGGUCAGUGCAGUACACACACCUCAGGGCUUCUUGUGGGCCUGGGCAUGCUUGACCUCUCUUCCACAUCUGCAGCUGCACUGCUGAACCAUAGUCUUCACAAACCCCCCGUGUGACUGGGCAUGUGCUGUGGAUAAUGGGCUGAUAUCUCCUGAGCAUCUGCAAUAUGUGGGGAUCUAGCUAAGUACUGGUCUCACAAACGCUUUCCAAUAACACGAUGAUGUAGCACCUUUUAUUAUCCCUAUUUACAAGGGGGAAACUGAGGCACAAAGUCUUUCACAAGGUCUCAGUCACACAUAUCAGGGCUUAGAUGUGAUCCUAGGAUCUUUGACUCAGUAGUCCCUCCCCCAUCCCAGUCUUAUGCCAGAAAUCGACCUUUGCAAUGACUAAGCAGGUUGACAUGAGACUGUGGCUUCUGUCCCAAAGGCCUGGGCCUAGGCUUCCUAGGAGCUAGGGGAGCCACACAGCAGCUCUUGAUGAGCCCUGGACAAUGCUCUAGGAAGUUAGGAUAGAACUGAAAGACUUUCGCUUCCCUCUCUUAUUCCAGAAAAUUUGUUCAGGGCAAGCUGGGCCUCUUGGCCUAUUAGGCUGGGUUAGAGUUUGAAAUGAAGAAGCAGACUUAUAAUAUGAGCUCCCUGAUCUCCCAGGAACCUGUAGGGCUUGGCGUUUUAGGCCUCCAGGAUACGUGGCCUCAGUCACAUCCAGACCCAUCUGGGCCUCCUGUAGUGAGGGCAGCAGCUUGUCUUGGCACAGGUGGGCAGUCCUUAGUCAGGGGACAGGAGCCCUGUGCCCUUCAAGUUUUUCUCCUUCUCUGGCCCUUGUGCCCUCUGCAGUCUGAAUGCUGUUGGAAUAUGUGUGCAGGCCCCUCAGGGGCCCCUUCCAGCAAGACUAUUCCUAAGGCCAAGAUACCCAGCGUUAAAUAGUGACCCAGUGCAGGGCUUGCCUCCUGGUUGUCUGAGAUGUCAUGAGGAGAUUCUGUCUUUGCUAGGGUAGCUUUUUGGGUACAGAUUAUCUCCCAUGAGGGCCUGGGAGGUCCCUGGUCCCCUGAGUCUUUGAAGCUACUUGCUGCUUUGACUUUCCAUCUGUGGCUGGCACCACUUGCCCCACCCAUCCUCAACCUGGGCCAUACUCGGCAAACCUCCACCUUCUCCCCAGCUUCCAGGGAUGCAGGCUCAGGAAGAACACCAGGGACCUGGCUCUUCAGGGCACACAUGGCCAGAUCUGGCUGGGAGAGGCAGCCAGGAAACCUCAUUUAGGGAGCAGAUGUCCUGCUUGCUCCCUUGUGCCUCUGGGAGCACAGAGACCCCAGCCCUUAACAUCAAGGAAUCGAAACUCUGCAGGGGAAGUAAAACUCAAGUCUUAGCGGUCAUCAAACCCUUGAGCUAGUGAGUAACACAGAAGCUGGGGUCUCUCCACUGGGCUCCUCAAGUCUCUCUUUGCAGAGGGAGGGACAGGUUUGCAGGUGAUCCAGUUCCUCUAACUUGGGCUCUAUUUGGAUUAAAAAUUCAGAAUUUUACACUUUCCCUACACCCUAGAGAAACAAGAUCCUUUUUGCUAACAUUGUUAAUAUAAAAGUAAAACAUUUAUUUGUUAAUAGUUCCCGCUAGGGUCAUGAAUAAAAACUCAUUAGGAGCAAUUA